AUGUCUAAAGUUGCGAAAGUAAAAGCUGCUCUAUCAGCAACUGGUUCUCGUGUUAUACAGGCAAACUUAUUUAGAACUGUCAUCGCAGCACAAUCAGCAUCAGCUGGACCACCAUUAGGACCCAUUUUGGGAAAAUUCGGUCUUAAUAUUUCAGCAUUUUGUAAAAAUUUUAACGAGCAGACAAAAACUAUCAAACAGGGUAUUCCUUUGCCCGUUACAGUUCGUAUAAAACCAGAUAAAUCAUUUAUCAUUGAAAUACACACUCCACCGAUAAAAUAUUAUUUAUUUCAAGCUGCAGGGAUUAACAGAGGAAAAGUCGAAGGAGAUACUACACCUUCUGGAAAAAUUUCGUUAAAACACGCGUACGAAAUAGCUAAAAUAAAACAUAAUGAUCCAUAUGAAAAAUUUCAAUUAUUUGAUCUUGAACAAGUUGUAAGAAGAGUUUUACUUGUUGCUCGUCAAAACGGUAUUGAAAUAACCCGAGAUUUAGAUCCAAAUGAAUAUCAAACGUUUUUAAAAGAAAGAUUUGCUUACUUAGAAGAAUUAGAUAAACAAAUUGAAGCGGAAAAAAUGGCAAAAUUUGCCAAAGCAUAG